GUUGUAGAUGCCUCAAACUCCUUUUCUCUCCUAUGCUGCACAAUCCCAGCCAUCUCCAUAUGCAUGUCCGCUCAGCCCACCUCAUUCCCAUGUGCAUGCUGGACAAUAUAUCCUCAGCCAUCUCCAUGUGUUAUGCAAUUCUCGACGCGUCCUUCUCCUACGUGCUACACCAUCCUAGCUCAGCCAUUGAUCUCCAUGUACGUACGUGUUCUGCACCCAUGCUGCAGAUAUCCACCUUGCUAGCUCCAAUUCUCCUGCAUGCUGGAGAUAUCCUAAGCCAUCUCCAAUCGAAUCCUUCUCCUACUGUGUGCUGCAAUUCUCUCCAGCCGACUAUAGGAUCUCAAGUCAACAUUCGACUCUUAGCAUCAACAUUCGACUCUCAGCAUCAACAUUCGACUCUCAACAUCAACAUUCGACUCUCCGAGUCAACAUUCGACUCUCAGCAUGAACAUUCAGCAUCAACAUUCGACUCUUAGAAUCAACAUUCGACUCUCAG